AUGACAACUGCGUGGACCACCAAGUUUGCUGGUAUGAAACUCCCUCUCGCCAUUCUCAGUUUCUAUGGACCCACAGACUUUGAGUCAGGGGACUUGGACAAGCGCCGAGCAGAAGAGUAUCCAGAGAGAACAAUGAAGAUUCAAAAUAUAAUCAAGGCACUGCCGAAGAAGCCGCUCACUCAAUACGAUGGAAACGGAAGGGAUACUACUGGUAUGGGCUGGGUUCGUCCCGGAGACCCGCGCUCCGAACUCGUCCUGUCGCUUUUCAAAGAAGGGAACGGCCUCUCACUUCUUCUGAACGGCCUACCUAGAUCCAAAAACGAAGAAAACUCAUCUGAAGACUUCUCUUCGGAAGACUCUGAGGACAGCUCCAAAGACGACACCGACGACGCUGAUACGUGGCUCCACGCUCCCGAUGCUGAACGCAUUGCAGCCAUUAGUCCGCUCGCACAGCUGCGCCGCGGCAAUUACACCGUCCCGACCUUCGUCAUCCAUGGAACCAGGGACGAAAUUGUACCUUACCACACCGCCGUCACGUUCGUUGACGCUCUGCACGCAGCUGGUGUUGAAGGACACUUGCUUACAGUGCAGGGGGCUAGGCAUAUCCACGAUGUGACGCUGAAGAUGGGAACUAGACAAUGGGAUGAGUCGGUGGCGCCUGGGUAUGAGUUUCUCUUGCGACACCUGAGAUGCUAA